AUGGCUGACGUGGAAGACCGUAAGCCAACAACUGAAAACACCGAGGGAGAUCAUGAUGAACAGGUUCAACUUAAUGAAGGCGAUAUUGAAACGAAUUGGGAUGAAGUAAUUGAAACGUUUGAUGGUAUGGAACUACGUGAAGAAUUGCUACGUGGUAUAUACGCUUAUGGUUUUGAAAAACCAUCAGCUAUUCAACAACGUGCUGUCAAACCCAUUCUAUUAGGUCAUGAUUGUAUUGCUCAGGCUCAAUCUGGUACUGGUAAAACCGCAACAUUUGCUGUGUCGAUUUUACAAAAGAUUGACAUUGGUCUGAAGGAGACUCAGGCUUUGAUCCUUGCUCCUACACGUGAACUGGCCCAGCAGAUUGUCAAGGUUGUGGUUGCUAUUGGUGACUAUAUGAGUGUACAAGUACACGCCUGUGUUGGUGGUACUGCCGUACGCGACGAUAUUCGCACCUUACAACAAGGUGUGCACAUCGUGGUGGGUACGCCUGGCCGUGUCGGUGACAUGAUCAAUCGUCGUGCUUUACGCACUGAUGAGGUCAAAAUGUUUGUGCUGGAUGAAGCCGAUGAGAUGCUGUCCCGCGGUUUCAAGGAUCAGAUCUAUGAGGUCUUUCGCUUUUUGCCUGAAAAGGUACAGGUGGCUUUGUUCUCGGCCACUAUGCCGCUUGACGUGCUUGAGGUGACUCACCGGUUCAUGCGCGAUCCUAUCCGGAUUCUUGUGAAGCGCGACGAAUUGACUUUGGAAGGUAUUAAGCAGUUCUUCAUUGCCAUUGACCGCGAGGAGUGGAAGUUCGACACACUAUGUGAUUUGUACGAGACGUUGACCAUUACACAGGCCAUCAUCUACUGUAACACGCGCCGAAAAGUGGAUUGGCUUACUGAGAAGAUGCAGUCGAAGGACUUUACGGUAUCGGCUAUGCACGGUGACAUGGAGCAGCGUGAGCGUGACAUCAUUAUGCGUGAAUUCCGUUCUGGUUCUUCGCGUGUGCUGAUCACAACGGACUUGCUGGCUCGUGGUAUCGAUGUGCAGCAGGUAUCGCUGGUCAUCAACUACGAUCUGCCCACGAACCGCGAGAACUACAUUCAUCGUAUCGGUCGUUCGGGUCGUUUUGGUCGUAAGGGUGUGGCCAUCAACUUUUUGACGCACAACGAUGUGCGAUACCUGCGCGAUAUUGAGCAGUUUUACAACACGCAAAUCGACGAGAUGCCCAUGAACGUUGCGGAUCUUAUUUAG